UUCUGGGAAGUUGUGCUGCUCUGUGUGAGGGGCUCCCAGCCUGGAUAAUGCUGCACUUCCAGCAUCAGUUGUGGGGUCUCCCUGAGAGGGAGGGGGGCAGUAUGAGUGCUGGAGGGGAGAUGAAGGAGAGAAGGAGAGGGCUGAUGGAUCCCACCACUAAGCCUCUCACACCCUUCAGCAUUGAGGACAUCCUGAGCAGGCCCUGUGUCAGGAGGACCCCGAAUGGCCAGGGGACCCCCCAGCACCUCAAGCUGCCCUGUGGAGGGGCCCGGCCGGGGGGACCCCCUCUGUCCUCCCCUCUCUGCGCUCUGGAGGAACUGGCCAGCAAGACCUUCCAGGGACUGGAGCUGACGGUGCUGCAGGCGGCUGAGGGCCGUGACCAGGUCAGCUCGUAUGGACAUCGGCCCACUUCAAAGAAGAGGCGGAAAUCCCGGACAGCCUUCACCAACCACCAGAUCUACGAGCUGGAAAAGCGUUUCCUGUACCAGAAGUACCUGUCCCCCGCAGACCGCGACCACAUCGCCCAACAGCUGGGACUCAGUAAUGCCCAAGUCAUAACCUGGUUCCAGAACCGCCGAGCCAAGCUGAAGAGGGACCUGGAGGAGAUGAAGGCUGAUGUGGAGUCACUGAAGAAGCUGCCACCACAUGACUUGGAGAAGCUGGUCUCCAUGCCUGAGGUGGGAUUGGAGGAGGAUGACGAUGACACCAUAGAGAGAUCCUGCUCGCCAAACUCACAAGGACUGUUCCUUCAGUCCCCUCGCGGUUCCUCCAUGGAGCGCACAGCUGAUGAGUUCUCAGAAGAGGAGGAGAUAGAGGUGGAUGACUAGGGGUGGCCGGGGCUGAUGGACCCUGAUAAUGAACUUCUGGAUCCCACCUCAGAUGAUGGUGUAAUGGGCAUGAACCGUCUGAUCGGGGGACAUUAUGUAUAGACGGUAUCAGCGGGGUCUCCGGGGACGCACUGCGUCAGAUGACGUAUCGCACAGCGCACAGGAACAUAACAGAGAACUUGUACUGUGCAGCCAUUUACUAAUACAGUAAAAGAGGAGAUACUGUGCAUUGUAUGCCGAAUUCCGGACAGGAGAAGUGAUACGAAUAGAAAAAUGUCACACAGUGAGAAUUACACCCAGCAUACAGAACCAGAGAAGUGAUACUGUGCAGUCAUACGUAUAGAAUAAUGUCACAUAGUGAGAAUUACACCCAGCAUACAGAACCAGAGAAGUGAUACUGUGCAGUCAUACGUAUAGAAUAAUGUCACAUAGUGAGAAUUACACCCAGCAUACAGAACCAGAGAAGUGAUACUGUGCAGUCAUACGUAUAGAAUAAUGUCACAUAGUGAGAAUUACACCCAGCAUACAGAACCAGAGAAGUGAUACUGUGCAGUCAUACAUAUAGAAUAAUGUCACAUAGUGAGAAUUACACCCAGCAUACAGAACCAGAGAAGUGAUACUGUGCAGUCAUACAUAUAGAAUAAUGUUACACAGUGAGAAUUACACCCAGCAUACAGAACCAGAGAAGUGAUACUGUGCAGUCAUACGUAUAGAAUAAUGUUACACAGUGAGAAUUACACCCAGCAUACAGAACCAGAGAAGUGAUACUGUGCAGUCAGUCAUACGUAUAGAAUAAUGUUACACAGUGAGAAUUACAUCCAGCACACAGAACCAGAGAAGUGAUACUGUACAGUCAUACGUAUAGAAUAAUGUCACAUAGUGAGAAUUACACACAGCAUACAGAACCAGAGAAGUGAUACUGUGCAAUCAGUCAUACAUAUAAUCUCUCAUAGUGAGAAUUUCAUCCAGCAUACAGAACCAGAGAAGUGAUACUGUGCAAUCAGUCAUACGUAUAGAAUAAUGCCACACAGUGAGAAUUACACACAGCAUACAGCAGCAGAGAAGUUAUACUGUGCAAUUAUUCAUACGUAUAGAAUAAUCUCACAGUGAGAAUUUCAUCCAGCAUACAGAACCAGAGAAGUGAUACUGUGCAAUCAGUCAUACUUAUAGAAUAAUGUCACAGUGAGAAUUGCAUCCAGCAUACAGAGCCAGAGAAGUGAUACUGUGCAGUCAUAUGUAUAGAACAGGCAUGUCCAAACUGAGGCCCUCAAGCUGUUGAGAAACUACACAUCCCAGCAUGCCCUGACAC